AUGCUCGAUUUCAUGGACUACAUCCAGCUCGCCUUCGCCGAAGCGACCGGCUGGAAUGGCGAGAAUUCGUAUUCGUCGCUGACGGCGACGGCGCAGUCUCUUCUGGACUUUUCGACUCCCGAGCGUCUACGCGUCCAUCUAUCGUCUCUGUCGACCCCUCAUUUCGCAACCAGCUACACACUCGGCACAGUCGGGCUGAUCGAUGGAUCGGUCUCAUAUCUGUUUAGUACUGUGCCGUUUGAAAAUACCGCAAGCAAGAGCGCCUUGAUACCGCUUCGCAAGAUUGCUCCCGGUUACCGUCAGGUCCAACCGCCCGUCGCUCCUGUGGAAGAUUGGGGAUGGGACUCCCUGUUGGGUGAUAUCAAUAGCGUCGGCAGCGGGAACAAGAUAGACAAUGAAGUGGAAUCUACACGACGGAAAGCCACGCUUCUUCAUGCGACCUUGCAUCUGCCACCACCGACUACGCUCAAUGCGUUGUUUCUGCGUCGCCUCUCGCCGACGAUGCAGCUGUCGCUAGCUGUUUGCUCCACGCAAGGCCCCCCGCUGUCCAAAUCCGCGCCUCAGGCCUCUCUCCUGACACAGCUAUCGCACAAUACGGGCAAGUAUAGUAACGAGUACCUAUUCAGCACAGACAAUACCCUGUUCGGGUGGCGCGGCCUGUGGAAUUUCGGCCCUGAUCCGCGCAAAUCACAAGAUCAAUCGUCUGCACGCCUGUCUCUCCUGUCUGCAGGGGCGGAAGCAUAUUAUUCGCCAGUGUCCUCGCUAGUGGGCAUGUCGACAGGCCUGAGAUUCAGUACCCUCCCAGCCGCCACGGAGGGUUCUCCAUCCCUCACCGGCAACCACGGCGGUCCGAUAUCCACAUUCCCGUAUACCCUAACGUUAACGCUCACGCCGCUGACGGGCUCCCUAUCCACGACGUACUCGGUGCGUGCAUCGCCUAACCUCGCCUUUUGCUCGCGGUUCGGGUUCAACGUCUAUAGCUGGGAGAGCGAAAUGGUGGCUGGCUGUGAACUCUGGCGACAAGGCCGGAAGACGCCCGCGCGCUCCUCGCUGGAUGGUGACGAUGGCCUCGAAUGGGCCCGACGGAAGAUGCGCGGUGAAGCUCUCCCUAUUCAUGAAUCACCUUCAACAACACCUUUUGAGCCUGCUACGACUCCUCUCCUGGGCGAGAAGGAAGAUGGAGCAGGUGAAUCUGUCGUCAAGAUCCGUGUUGACCAGUCCUGGAAUGUCCGUCUGCUCUGGGAAGGCAGAAUCAAGGAAUUGUUGGUCAGCGCCGGCAUCGGGCUCGGUCCUGGUUCCUUUUCCCCUUCUUGCUCGUCUGUGCCGGCGGCCGGGUCAACCUCGAGUGCCGGUGGCGGACAUCCGCCGUCGUAUUGGCGGGGUGUAGGUGUGUCAAUUCUUUAUUCGUCAUGA